AUGGAUGCCUAUGAUAUAUUUAAAAAACUAACAAAGGGACUAACAUUUAAGCAGCGGGUUUUGGGCUUAAGUAAUGCAGAUCAAAGUGUAAAACAGAUUCUAAAAAAAGAAAUAGAUGUAAAGAAGGAAGAGUUAUCCGAUCAUGACUCUGAAUCCGAAAUAUCUAACAUUGAAGAUAAUGGUGAUUUUCAAGAUGUGAAGUCAGGAGAAUCAAGUAAAGAGGAAGAAAAUAACUCAGAUGAGGAUUUGCAACUCUUAGAGGGAGUUACAGCUAGCAAAAAAUCAAAGCAAAAGAAAGAAAAGAAGACUAAACUUAGUCCAGAAGAGUUAAAGAAAAAAAUAAAUCUGGAAGAGGAAAAUCGAUUCCGCAAUGAAUAUGGUAUCAAAGCUGUUGGACGUCAUAUAACCAGUGCCAUUAAAGACUUUGAUGAUUUAGUAACUAGGUAUAAUGUAUCUGUGGAUAUGGUAGGCACAAUCAAGAAGUGCGGGUAUGAGGAACCUACUCCCAUACAAAGGCAGGCAUUACCAGCGUUGUUGGAGGGUCGUCAAAUAGUGGCCACAGCACCUACAGGUUCAGGUAAAACUGCUGCAUUCCUUGUUCCCCUGCUGCACUGUCUGGGGACUCCUGCCGGCGGUCCUCGGGCCCUAGUCCUAUGCCCCACACGGGAGCUGGCCCAUCAGAUCUAUAGAGAGGCCUUAAGGCUGUCUGUAUCUACGCAACUACGAUGCAGUGUCAUUAAAAGUGUCAAAAGUAGCAAGGUGAAGGAGAGGGAAUCUACCAUUAGGAAGAGUGAUCUCAUAAUAAGUACUCCAAACCGCUUAUGCUAUCUGUUGAAUCGAGAAGAUGUGAAUAUUUCUUUACAAAAAGUGCAAUGGCUGAUAAUAGACGAGGCUGAUAAGAUGUUCGAGGGUUCCGAGGAAGAGGUGGACACAUUCCGGCAGCAGCUGGGCGUGGUGCUGGCUUCGCUGGACGUCCAGCGCCGUAUCGCCUUGUUCAGUGCCACUCACACCCCCUCCCUCGCCAAGUGGGCUCGCCGGCAUCUGCGGGGACUCAUCGUCCUCACCGUCGGGCACAGAAACGCCGCGGCGACUACGGUGCAGCAAGAGUUGCUGUUUUGCGGCAACGAGAGCGGGAAACUGAUCGCGUUCCGCCAACUUGUUCAGAAGGGGUUGAAGCCACCCGUCUUAGUGUUCGUGCAGAGCAAGGAGCGGGCCAAACAGCUGUUCAAGGAGCUGCUGUACGACGGCAUCAAUGUCGACGUCAUCCACGCCGAUCGCACGCAGGCGCAGCGUGACAGAGUCGUGCGUAGUUUCCGCGUGGGUCGCAUCUGGGUGCUGAUCUGUACCGAACUGAUGGGACGAGGGAUCGAUUUCCGCGGAGUCAACCUCGUCGUGAACUACGACUUCCCGCCCUCGGCCAUAGCUUACAUACACCGAGUGGGCCGAGCCGGUCGGGCCGGACAAAAGGGUCGCGCCGUCACCUUCUUCACUCGGGACGACGUCGUCAACUUGAGGAGCAUCGCAUCGGUAAUGAAGCAGUCGGGGUGCGAGGUGCCCGAGUACAUGUUGUCGAUCAAACAGGAUUCCAACAGUCGCAAACGGUUGCUUAAGAAAGCUCCGCACAGAGACAAAAUAUCCACUGUCUUGGAAAAACCUAACAAACGAAAACUUGAGAAACACGUGGAAGACACAAAAAAUGCGGGUGAAACGGAUUUAGUCAAAAAUAGCAAGAACGAGAAAUUUAGAAGGCUAAGUAAAAAUAACAAAAGCCCUAAAAAGGGGUUGAAAAAGAGCGACAUGGGAAAAACGAAUAAUAUCAAGAAGAAAAAGAGAAAAUCUCUUAAACCUGUAUAA